AUGGGCGUUAUCACCUUUGCCUUCGUACUGGCAGCAAUCUACCUCGUCUGGUCGCACCUCAGCAAGCCCCGUCGUGCUCUACCUCCCGGACCUAAACCGCUUCCCCUUGUCGGGAAUAUCACCGAUUUGACUGCUCACGAACUCUGGUUGCGCGCGCAACAGUGGGCAAAACAGUACGGUGACCUCACCUAUCUCCAUGUGUUCGGACAAGGUCUCGUCUUCAUCAACAAGUAUGAAAUAGCCGUUGAGCUGCUGGAAAAGCGAGGCGCCGUCUAUUCCGACAAGCCAGGCCUCGUCAUGGCCGGAGAUCUAUGUGGCUGCGAGAACAUGGUCGCGUUUACCCGUUAUGGCGACAAAUCGCGCCGCCAACGCAAGCUAAUGAAUAUGGCGCUCGGCGUGAACAGCGUCAAACAAUACAACCCCCUGCUUGAGGUCGAGGCGCAUGACCUGCUUAGGCGGCUACUUCAGAACCCCGCGGACUACGUCGCAAAUCUCAAGCGAUAUGCUGGUGGGCUGACAUUGUCCGCGGUCUACGGGUACCAGGCGCGAUCUAACGACGACGAGUUCCUCGGUCUCGCCGACGAAUGCGUUGACAUCUUGUCGAACCAUAUCGCGUCUGGUGGUGGCAUCUGGCCAGUCGACGUUAUCCCUGCUUUACAAAAGCUGCCUGACUGGGCGCCCGGCGCAGGUUUCAAGCGCAAGGCAGCGGUAUGGAAGGCAAAGAUGGAAGAGUUCGUCGAGAAGCCUUACGCCUAUGUCAAGGAGCGAAUGCGAGAUGGGAGCGCCCUUCCGUGCUUCUGCACAACAUUGCUCGAAGAGCUCCAGGAGCGCUGCAGCGAGGAGAAGAAGGAGGCUGAACAGAUCGAUCCUCAGCGCGAUUUCGACAUUCGGUGGACCGCGAACUCUAUGUACUCGGCCAGCAUUGACAGCACUAUGACCACUGUCUCUCACUUUAUCCUCGCCAUGAUGCUUCACCCCGAAGUCCUCGCGAAGGUACAGGAGGAAAUGGACACCAUUGUCGGCUCUGGACGUCUUCCAACCUUUAGCGAUCGUGCAUCAUUGCCAUACCUCGAAGCUGUCAUGAGUGAGACGCUCCGCUGGGGUGUGCCCGUCCCCCUGGCGCUUCCGCACCGUUUGAUGGAAGAUGAUUUCUUCAACGGCUACCACAUACCCAAGGGCACGAUCGUGUUCGGCAACGUGUGGAACAUGGUCCGUGACCCUGCGGUAUACCCUGAACCCGAAGCGUUCCUCCCUGAACGCUUCUUGGAGCCCGCCGACGAGCUCACCGCGAAACGCCGUGACCCGCGCAACUACGUCUUUGGCUUCGGCCGCAGACGGUGCCCUGGCCUGCACCUCAUCGAGCAGUCCCUCUGGAUUGUGAUGGCGUGUAUGGUCGCAACUCUAGAUAUCUCAAAAGCUAUCGAUGACAAUGGAAACGUCAUCGAGCCGACCGUCGUCUUUGACAACUCUGUCUUCAGGACACCCGCGCCCUUCAAAUGCGAUAUCCGCCCGAGGUCGGAGCAGUCGUUGAAGAUCAUCCGUCAGGUCACGGAAGGCUCGGCCUGA